AUGCCGUAUUUUGAAAAACAGUUUGAACUGUCAGAACAAACAAAAGUGCCUAUGUCUCUUCAUUGUCAAAACUCACAUGCUGAAUUUCUGGACAUAAUGAAAAGAAAUAGAGACCGACGCGUAGGAGGAGUGGUACACUCAUUCGACAAGACCAAGGAAGCGGCCAUCACCCUGCUUGACCUGGAUCUGUACGUAGGGGUCAACGGUUGUUCACUGAAAACUGAGGCUAACUUAGAAGUUUUGAAGUCAAUACCUAGUGAAAAGUUAAUGAUUGAGACUGAUGCCCCGUGGUGUGGAGUCAAAGGCACACAUGCAGGACCAAAAUACAUAAAAACAUCCUUUCCAACCAAGAAGAAGUGGGAAAGUGGGCACCACCUGAAAGACAGAAAUGAACCUUGCCAUAUAAUCCAAAUACUGGACAUCAUGUCGGCAGUAAGAGAUGAAGACCCACUGGAAUUAGCCAAUACUCUCUAUAACAACACCAUUAAAGUAAUUUUCCCUGAUAUGUAA